AUAUCAUUCGCAUCGAACUCUUCGAGAUCAGCACAUAAGCCAAAAAUCAACAUGAAGUUCCUGAUUGUCUUCGUCGCCCUCUUCGCCCUGGCUGUCGCCGAUGUUCAGAUUCUGAAGCAGGAGUCCGAUGUCGGACCUGUAAGCUUUAACUAUGGCUACGAGACCAGCGAUGGAUCCUCUGCUCAGGCCGCCGGACAGCUGAAGAACGUUGGAACUGAUGAGGAGGCUCUCAACGUCAAGGGUACCUAUUCCUUUGUGGCCGAUGAUGGCCAGACUUACUCCAUCGCCUACACCGCCGACGAGAACGGAUACCAGCCCCAGGGUGCCCAUCUGCCCGUUGCCCCCGUGGUUUGAGCUAUCCAUCGUUAAUAUUGUUUUACUGAAAAAUCCUUCAAUUAUGAAUAAAACCUCAACAGAUUGAUUAAAGAUACAUGAAUAUGUUCGUUUUGAAACUUUAGUUUCGGAAAAAUUAUUUAACAAUUGUAACAUCUCCUAAAGAAGUUUUUAGAAUGGCUUUUU